AUGACUUGGGCAACCACGGAGGUUUCAGAUGAACUUUCCAUCAAAUACCUGCUCUUUAAAGAGCGAUAUAAUCGAGAUACCAACCAAUGGCAAAAGCUUCGCAACAGCUACCAUCCGAAUCCCUCGAAAACACAUAUCGAGAUUACCUGGUUCCAAGGAGAUGUUGAUGGGUUUGUGAAUGGCUCGCAAUCCAUGACUUCACGUGGAACGGGUACAGUUCACACAAUUUGUCCCAUUGAAGUCCACCUGAUGGGAGACAAAGCUGUCACUGGAUCAACGGGGUCUAUCUCGAUUCCCUUUUCCUAUGAAGGACAACAGUAUGACUGCAAUUCAUUUACACGCUUCAUCUCUCGCCUGCAGAAAGUAGACGGUAAAUGGAAUCUGUUAAUGUUGGAGGCCAUAUAUGAUCGCGAUAGUAUUGCUUCGGUACUACCCUCUGCGCAGGUUGACUGCCGGAUACCCCUUGGCUCGAGGGAAAGCUAUAAGUGCAGUGCGUGGCUUCUGGGUCAGAAGGGGUUCAACAUCAAGCAGGAUUUGCCUGCUGUGGACGUCCUCCUUCUUGUGAUAAUUUGA